AUGGCAGCCUGCAUAAAAUCCGACAUUUCAAUCAACUCUGAUUCAAGUGGCUACACUGAUAGCAAUGGUCAUCCCGAAAAAGUUCCUUCCGAGUCUGUUAAAGACAGCUCGGCUUCAUGGGCCCAUGCAUUGCUAGCCUUUCUAGUGGUCUUCUCCACACAAGGAUACUUUAAUUCUUUCGGGACCUACCAAGCAGUCUACACAACUCUAUUACCCGACAUUCCCGCCACGCAAAUAUCAUGGAUCGGGUCUGUUCAAGUCUGCCUUGUCAACUUUCUUGGGGUCUUUGCUGGCCACAUGGCCGACGCUGGUCAUUUUCGUGCAGUAUUCAUUGCCGGCAUGGUCCUUGAAGUUUUUGGGCUUUUUGCAGCCAGUUUCGCGAUCAAUUUCUGGCAGAUAUUUAUCUCACAUGGCCUCUGUGUCGGAAUUGGCGCUGGUUUGAUGUUCGCUCCUACAAUUGCGGUAUUAUCAUCCUACUUCGAGCGACAUGGCUCAUUCGCUAUUGCACUGGCCACUUGCGGUGGUGCUUCUGGGGGCACUGUGUUCCCAGCACUCCUCCGAGAGCUAAUUCCCCGUCUGGGACUUCCGUGGUCUAUACGUAUAGCAGGCUUUAUAGUUUCUACGUUAUUGAUCAUUGGACUGGCCUUCCUGCGACCGAUUCCGACUUCUGGGAAGAAAGUAAAAACAUUUCCAUUCCGUACCCUCAAGGACCUCCACUACAUUCUUUUUGCCAUCUCCGUUUUUUUCGCCUUUUGGCCAGUCUAUUUUGGCUUUUAUUAUGUGAGUUCUGUUGACACACCAUUUCAUAACGCGGAAUUUCCUAAUGGUUGUCCACAGAUCUCACAAUACGCCAAGGACUUUCUGCAUUUUAACUCCAAACAAACUUUCAAUAUCGUGAUUCUAGUGAAUGCAGUUGGAAUACCGGCACGUAUUACCACAUCACUAUUGGCUGAUAGAUAUCGGAUCGUCAAAGAAAUUUUCAUGUGUGGUGUUGCUUUGGCAGCAGUCAUUUUUUACAGUUGGUCGAGAGUUGAGACUCCUGGUAGCCUAUAUGCUUUAUGCACCGCAUUUGGUCUUGUCAUUGGUACCCUUCAAACUCUUUUCCUGGCAGUUUCUUCUUCGUUCGCGAAGGACGAUCACACAAGGGGUGUCCGAAUCGGCGUUCUAUGCACGGUCUCCUCCUUCUCCACUUUGACAGGGCCCCCGUUAGGGGGAGCAAUUAUCCACCUUUCCCAUGAGCAAUACACACCAGCUGCUAUGUGGGCAGGUACCUCAUCCCUGGUAGCCUUCCUGGUACUACUCGGUGGUAAGAUCUACGAGCGUACGACUUCAACGCGAAGCAAUUAG